GCUGGCAAACAAAAAAAUCUGAUCACUGACUAACUGACUGGCUAACUGUAACUGUAUGGCUUGGUUAGUUCUGUAAUUUUGCUUAAAACUCGUAACUCACUGAGCAUGAGGAUUUAGUCGUUAACGGGCGGCCAAAACGCACAUAACUCACUUAUAUGCAGCAAAGUGAACCAGAUAUUUUAUACCGUAUACAAAUAAUAAGUAUAACCGCAAUUUACAAUAAUAACAGCAACACACAAGAGUAACCACAAAAUAAAAUAAAAUAAAAUAAAUAAAAAAAUAAAUAAAUAAUUAAUGUAACAUACCUAACAAUCUUAGGUAAAUGCAAGAAACACCCAACCAUCAUAUGUAAAUUAAAAAUCUCUUUCUUAAGAAGAAGAAAAUAAAUAUUUCAAUAUUUGUGGUAAUAAAGAAAUAAAUAAAUACGUAUAUAGUUUAAAACAAGUCAGUCAUUAAGUGCAAAAUUUACAAAACAAUUAAAACUUAAAAGUAGUUAUAAAACAAUAAACAAAAGAAAUUUGACAUAUUACCUGAACAACCAAAAAGCGACAGUUUUUUCUGUUUUUUUUUUUUUUUUUUUUUUUUUUUUUAACUAAAACCGGUUUCAAUAAACAGCAUUUAAUACUAGUAAAUAUUCCCUUGAACAAACUCGUGUUGCAUUGACGUGAGUUCUAUUUGAUAUAAUAAUGUCUAAAAAUGGUCACAAUAAUCCGGCAUUUGUGAAUGAUGUUACGGAUAAACCGCUAAAAAAAUAUUCCCUGGAAUUGAGUGAGAAAGGCGAAAAGUAUGUGGCAGCUCUUAAAGAUGUCGACGCUGAUUACAAUCCGUACGAGAAUCGCCAAGUUGAACAUCCCACCACCAACUCAGAGACAUUAUUUCAUUUACUGAAGGGUUCGUUGGGCACUGGCAUCUUGGCGAUGCCAAAUGCCUUUAAAAAUGCCGGCUAUAUAACGGGUUCGUUUGGUACCAUAAUUAUAGGUCUAAUCUGCACCUAUUGCAUACAUCAGCUUAUUAAGGCCGAAUAUGAAUUAUGCCGCCGAAAAAAGAUACCGAGCAUGAAUUAUCCAGCUGUUGCAGAAACUGCCAUGUUGGAGGGUCCUACGAUAUUUCAAAAGUGUUCGCCCAUUAUUGGCCAUUUAGUUAAUACAUUUCUAUUAAUUUAUCAAUUAGGUACUUGUUGCGUUUAUGUGGUCUUCGUUUCAUCAAAUAUUAAAUCGGUGGCCGAUUAUUAUCUUGAAACACCGGUCGAUGUCCGCCUAUGCAUGUUAAUAAUUUUGUUACCAUUGAUUCUAAUCAAUUGGGUGCGCAAUUUAAAAUAUCUGGCUCCAUUCUCAACAUUGGCCAAUGCUAUAACCAUGGUCUCAUUCGGCAUUAUCUGUUAUUACAUCUUCCGCGAACCGGUUACAACUGAAGGAAAAGACGAUUUCGCCCCACUCAAUGGUUUCCCAUUAUUUUUUGGUACAGUGCUUUUUGCCUUAGAAGCGAUUGGUGUUAUAUUACCAUUGGAAAAUGAAAUGAAAACACCGAAGCAUUUUGGAGGCUCAUGUGGUGUACUUAACGUAGCCAUGACUUUAAUUGUGUUCCUUUAUGUUGGCAUGGGUCUAUUCGGUUAUUUAUAUUAUGGUCAUGAAAUCGAAGGUUCUAUAACGCUCAAUCUGCCAAGCAAGGAUGUUUUGGCUCAAUGUGUUAAGGGCAUGCUAGCGUUCGCCAUAUUCAUAACGCACGGUCUGGCAUGCUAUGUGGCCAUUGAUAUCACUUGGAAUGAUUAUGUUGCACAAAAAUUGGGACCACAGCGUAAAAAACUAUUUUGGGAAUAUGCCGUACGUACCGGAUUAGUGCUAGUGACAUUCUUGCUAGCGGUUGCUAUACCAAAUUUAGAAUUAUUUAUAUCGUUAUUUGGUGCGUUAUGUUUAUCAGCCUUGGGUUUAGCUUUCCCAGCUCUAAUACAAAUCAGUACACAUUGGUAUACCACUAAGGGUAUUGCCAAAGCUUGGUUAUUGUCAAGUAACUUUGUCCUUAUUGUUGUUGGGAUACUUGGUUUGGUUAUCGGUACAUACACUUCGCUGGCCGAAAUUAUAGCCACUUUCACCGAUGAUUAGAUUAUUUGUUCAUUUCUAAUCAAUUUUUGUUUUUUUCUUUUUUUUAUUUCUCAUUUAUUUCAAUUUCUUUACAUUCCAUGAGUAAAAGACACAAGUACACUUACGUCUACACACAUUACAUAAUUAAAAGUAAAAAAUAUUUACCCAUUAAUUUGUUGAUGAUGAUUCUGUAUAGUUGUUAAA